AUGAUACCAACAUUUCCAUCAAAGACGUUCCCCAAUCAUUAUACGAUUGCAACAGGACUUUAUCCACCGUGGAAUGGAAUCAUCGACAACUACUUCUACGAUUUCUCAUUCAAGGAAUAUUUUCAAACGAAAACAAAUAGAACCGGUUGGUACCUUGGCGAACCGAUCUGGAACACUGUGCAGAAAUACGGGCUCAAGUCAGCUACUUAUUUUUGGCCUGGAAGCGAGUCACCCGUGAAUGGUAUUGGUUUACAAAUCAAUUUACAGUAUCGGUUCAAAUUUCCAUUAUCGGUCUGCUUAUUUUAA